AUAGGAGGCAGAAGCUGUCCAGCUCUGACUCUGCCCUCAGGCUCCUGGGUGAGCUGCAACCAUGUACAUGUAUACCAACUCUGGGUGCCAGGACCUGCCAGGGACCAGAGGGGAGGAGGAGGAGGAGGAAGAUGGUGAUGAUUAUGAGAACAUGGCGCCACCUUACAAGGAUCUUCCUCCCAAGCCAGACUCAAUGGCUCCACCAAGGCCUCCGAGGGCAGGAAAGAAAAUGGAGAACCCCCCACUUCCCUGCAAGUCCCCAAAGAUCAAAGGCCUGGACCUCACCCCUGUCCCCCGCACGUCUCCUCAACUGGGUGUCAACCUGGAGCAUCCUCCGUUCCAGUCAUCCCUAGCUGUAACUCCAGUGACCCACCUCAGUCAGAAGUCCAGGUGUCCUGGGUGCUACCAGGAGGAGAGACUGGUGGUGUACCUGUGCCUGCUGGUGGUGGUGUCACUGCUCCUGGGCUGCACUGGUCUGGCUGUGACCCUGAUUAAGUACCAGGAGAUGGUGGAAGAGCUGAAGAUAUUAACCUUUCAGCAGAUGGCGUGGCAAGCAAAUGUGACUGGCACGGCAGGGAUAGCUGGCCUGAAGAAGGACAUUGACCACAUAAGAACUUACACCAACCAGUCCCUAGUAGAACUUCGGGGCUUAUUAGACUGUACCAAGGUCACCUGCCCGGAGGGUUGGCUACUCUUUGAGGGAAAGUGUUACUACUUCUCCCCAACCACCAAGUCAUGGGAUGAAGCCCGGAAGUUCUGCCAGGAGAAUUACUCUCACUUGGUCAUCAUCAGUAGCUUUGCUGAACAGAACUUUGUGGCCAAGGCUCAUGGCUCUCCACGGGUGUACUGGCUGGGGCUGAAUGACAGGGAACAUGAAGGGGACUGGAAGUGGCUGGAUGGGUCACCUGUCACUCUGAGCUUUUGGGACCCAGAGGAACCCAACAACAUCUAUGAUGAGGACUGUGCCAGCAUGAACAAAGGUGGCACCUGGAAUGACCUCUCUUGUGACAAGACUACAUAUUGGAUCUGUGAGAGGAAAUGUUCCUGUUGAAACUUACAGUUGAGGGUGGGUGUGGGUCCAUACCCAGUGCUCCUUGGCUCUUGGGAUGAGAAACUUCUGCCCUUCCACGGAAGACUCUGCCUCUCCAUGAGCUGACAUGGAUAUACCUAAGAUGGAACCAGGAGCUUGGAUGUUGCAAGUCCCCUUGGGUGCAAUGAGAGCAUUUCUAGGGUGAGGAUUUGAGGGCUUGGUUUUUUUUUUUUUUUAAGAUUUUAUUUAUUUAUUUGGGAGAGAGAGUGAGCGAGGGAGAGU